AUGCGACGCAAGGAGCUCCCAGCUAGCAAGAUGACAGAUAUCCCCACCUCCACCUUCACACCGCCACCGCCAAAUGAACUGGCGACGUCCAACGACGUAGCUGAAGACCCAGAGCUACUGUACGAGCUGAAAGAGCAGCUUCUGCUGCUGACCACUCUGGUGGCGACGGUGACGUACGUCACCGGGCUCAACCUGCCCGGGGGAGCCUGGCAGACGCAGCAGGCGGACGGGCACGGCCCCCUCGCCGGCGACCCGAUCCUCCGGGACAUCCACUACCGCCGGUACCUCGCCUUCUACUACUGCAACGGCACCGCGCUCGCCUCGUCGGUCGUGGUCUGCCUCAUCCUCGUCAUGCUGCAGAAGAAGAGAUCCGUCUGGACGAUGGUGCUGCGGGUGGUCAUGGUGCUCGACCUACUUGGCCUCAUGGGUUCCUACGCAGCCGGGACCUGCCAUGACACCUUCGCCACCAUCUGGGCCGUGGCGCUGGCUUGCCCCGUCUUGGCCUAUAUCACGUUUGCCUUCGUCACCAGCCGCCGCCUCAGCGGCGACACCACCCCCAGAGCUGCCAGAGACCCAGGGCAGAAAGAGAAGGAGAAAAUCGAGGUGCUGAUGCUGCUGGCGACCUUCGCCGUCACCAUCUCAUACGCCGCCGGGCUGAACCCGCCUGGCGGCUUCUGGACCAGCACCCUGCAGCAGAAGGAUGGCCGCCUUCUUCACCUCGCCGGCGACCCGAUCAUGGAAGAUAGCGCGCUCCGGAGGUACCGGGCCUUCUUCGUCUGCAACACGACGGCGUUCGUCGCCUCCUUGUUCAUCAUCCCGCUCCUCCUGGACGAGAAGUUGAGCAGCAAAAUCUCAGCGCGGUUUCGGGCGGUCUACGGCUUCAUCGCCGUCGCCCUUUUAGGCCUGAUGGGGGCCUAUGCUGCUGGGAGCUGCAGGAAAACUGACAGUACCGUCAAGGUCAUCUUCCUGGCCGCUGCGGUUCCGGCUUGCGUGGGCCUUCAGCUGGCACUUAGUUAUGCUGCUCUCCAUUUGAAACCAAUCAAGGUCAUGCGUGCUUCGUUCUCUGAAUGGUUCGACCACGUAAGAGGCACUGGUCCUGCGGCUGCAGGUGAUGAGGAAUUGGGGAUAAGAUGCUUAUCUUUAUGUCAUGAUGCCAGUGCACUCGAGGACCCAGACCUGAAAAACACUCGCUAUUUUGUUAUGGUACUUGCUAGCUUUGCCGUGAGCAUCACUUACCAAGUAGGACGUACUGGAUCCACCAGGCGGCCUCUGGCAAGACAAGCUGAAUGGCCAUAAGAUCGGCCAACCAGUGCUACGAACGACGCACCCUACUCGUUACCAGGUGUUCUUCUACAGCAACUCAGCAGCUUUCGUGACAUCUCUGGUGGUUGUCAUGAUGGU